AUGGGAGAACGAUACAACAUUCAUAGUCAGUUGGAGCAUUUGCAAUCAAAGUAUAUUGGCACAGGGCAUGCUGACACAACCAAGUUUGAAUGGCUUGUAAAUCAGCAUCGUGAUUCUUGCAGUUCUUACAUGGGACAUUACGAUCUGUUAAAUUUCUUCGCUAUUGCGGAAAACGAAGCAAAAGCCCGUGUUCGAUUCAAUCUUAUGGAAAAAAUGCUACAGCCUUGCGGCCCGCCUCCAGAGAAACCAGAAGAUUAAUUAGUUCGAUAGAACGCAUGUUACAUACAUAUU